UACCGCGUGUCUUCUUCAGUGAUUUAUUCAUAUUCUAGUGAAACCGGUUUAGUCUGUUUAGACCACUACAUACUUUGGUCUCAUCAACAUAAUUUUGGAAUGGGAAUCGCUCUGCAAGGAGCACAGCAUGAAGAAAUCACUUCACAAGAACUUUCUGCUGGAUAUUGUACUGACACUGUUCAUCUUGACUGAAACAAAAGUCAAUUGCGGGGUUAUAAUUGUCCAGUCUUCGUCAUCGUCAGGAUUCGAGACGUACUGUAAUGGACUCCGUUGUCCCCCAAACAGCAACUGCAUGGCUUUUACCACUGUCAUCAAUGGCAACAGUACCUCUGACAAACGCUGUACUAAUAUUUACGGUAGAGUGAUAAGACAAGAAACAGUUACGGUAGCAAAUGGGCAGAUGUGUAUAAGAAACUUAACAAUGGUGGGAGAAAUGGUAAACGUGGAAUGCUCAUGCAGAAAUUUGAACAAUGCAGAAGCAUAUGAUACAGAGCAUGGGGAAAACGGUUGCAAUGUUCAAGAAACAUUACAUGAUGCACUGGAACGACAGCACGAUGCGUUGGAAGCUGCUAAUGAAAGUGAAGAACGAUAUCAGGAGUGGAGACGAAAGAAGCUGGAAAGAGAGAAUGAAGAGAAGAUUGAGGUGCUCUACAAAGCAAAGGACGUAAGAGCUAUCUUAGGUGAUUUGCAGAAGAAUUUACAUGAGUUACCAGCAGAUGCACUAGAGGCAAUAAUAGAACAAGAGGCUGAAGAGAGAGCGGAGUUACUGGAAAAGCAACAGGGUGAUUUGCAGAAGAAUUUACAUGAGUUUCCAGCAGAUGCAUUAGAGGAAAUAUUAGAGCAAGAGGCUGAAAAGAGAGCGGACUUACUGGAAAAGCAACAAGAAGCAAAAUUCGCAGAACAGGAAAAAGCAUUAGAUGAAGCACUAGAUCGAAUGGAAAGAGCAUCAAAUGCAUUAAAAUUGGGCACUAAAGCAAGAUGGGGUUUCUGAAAAUCAAAGAUGAAGGACAUGUGUAUAAUGAUGCUGGAAUCAGUUUCCUACAAAGCCUCUAAAAAGCUGUAACACUGGAACUGGAAACAUUACGAUGUCUAGUGACAGUAUAUGGAUCACUCUUUACAUAUACAGAAAAAAAGUUUAUGACAAUUAGCAUUUUAUUUCUAUUUGGUUGGUUCAGGAUACACUUUCCUCUGAUGUGGACAAAUUCUGUGACAGUAAUAUGUUUUUAAUCUGAGGACUUUGCCUGGAAUCAGCAUUUUAUAAAACAGAUGGUGGGUUGCACCAUACAUGAGUAGAUUAAAAAGGUAGAAACCUAUAUACAGAGCAGGCGCUCUCUUGGAUAUAUUUCAUGUCCAAAUAGCCACACCAGUCACUUCAAGAAAUGCCCAGGAAAAUUGAAGAUGUUCGAAAAAGCCUCAUUGUUGAACUGUACAGCCAAAUAUGGUCAAAUUAUUAAAGUCUGUAUCAUUAUCUGUACCUGUAAGUCCUAUGCAUAUUGAGAGUUUGAUUUUUUGUAAAUGUUUGCAGUUGUAAUAAUGAGUCCUUAGGAUAAUGCAUCAAAAACUCUUGAAUUCCUGUCGUCACUGUCAGUCUUGCACAACAAUGAUGGCAGUGAUGGGAUUCAAGGGGUGCACCAGCAUGCAUUGUCUUUCUACUUUCUGAAUGAAAAAUUGACAGGAAUUCUAAGAACAUACCAAACAGCAGAUUUUUAAACUGUAACUUGAUAAUUAGUGCUGUGACAAAGAAUCCAAAUGCUUUCUGAGACACCUUAAUAUAAUCAAUACUGUAGUACUGGUAUUGUCUUAUUUCUGCAAAUAUACUCUCAUUACUAUGCAGGACAAAAACUAGGAUAUAUGAAUGAAUUGUAAAUUUUGAAAGAGACUGGAUGUUAUGCCUUUAUAAGCACAUUGUUGUUAUACACAAACAUUUUCAAGCUUAUGCAUAAUAAACCAAAGCUUCAUGCAUAUAAGUGAUUAUGCAUAAA